CGCGCCGGAAGCGGAAGUGGCGGGAGGCGAAGGCGCGGCCAUGGCGGACCCGUCGCUGCUCUCGGCCGAGCUGGAGGCGGACGAGGAGGAGGAGGCGGCGCUGCGGCGGCUGCUGCUGCAGGUGGACCCGGACCCUGAGGAGGCGCCGAGCCCCGGCCCCGCCCGGGCCGUGACCCCGCAGCCGGGUCUCUGUGUCAAGACCCGCGAGGCGGGCGGGGGUCCCAAGGUGUUCCUCAACGUUUGCCACUCGCCCGAGGUGCCCCCGCCGCCCCCCGUGCCCCCCCCGGGGCUGCAGGAGCUCCUGCGGGACCCCCCCGGCCCCGGGGGCUCCUUCCGCAUCCCCAUGAGCCUGGGGGAGCCCCACGCCGAGCUCGACCGAGGGGGAAGGGGCUGCACGGCCUACGACGUGGUGGUGAACUCGGGCUUCUUCAGGACCCUGCAGGCCGACCCGCUGUACCUGGAGUUCUUCCUGACCGUGGCCCUGGAGGGGCUCUCGGACAAGUACGGGGUGGAGCUGGAGCUCACCGGCUGGCGGGUGCUGCGGAACCGGCGCUGCCUCGGCUCCAUCGCGGCCCAGAGCAUCCGGGCCCGGCCCCAGCCCCGCAUCCAGGAGCUGCCGCCGAGCUGCCGGGGUGAGGGGGACCCCUCCCCAAAACACGCCCAGGACCCCUCCCCAAAAACCCCCAUGCCCCCCCCGUUCGUGGUCGUGGCUUCGCCCUCGGCUCAGGAGCCGCAGGAGCUGCAGGCCCGGGUGCACCUGGAGCAGGUGGUUCUCACCGUGACGAUGCCGCUGCUGCGGGCGUGAGGGACCCCCGAAAUCCCACCCGGGACCCCCAAAAAACCCACCCGGGACCCCCCGAAAUCCCACCCGGGACCCCCUGAAAAACCCACCCGGGACCCCCC